GGGAUUCUUAUUUCGUGUUCAGUCUCAACCACGCGCAUUUCCCGUAGAUUAUCCAUGUGCUUUGUGAUCGUUUUGCAUAAGUUUUAGAACUUUAUUCUUUUUUUUGUUGAUUUUUUGUGGUGAUUCCAUAAAGAAUGUAAAAAUUGUCUUUUUCAGAAUUUGUGACAAUUUUUUUUCUUUUGUGUUAAGAACAAAUUAGUUAAAAAAAGAAGGUGCAUAAAAAAGCAAACAAGUGUCGAUAAAAAUAAACAGUGUGAGGAUCCUACAGUGACUUGGCAAAAAUAUAACCCAAAGCGGCAUGUUUGUGAAGUAAUUCCUGUUUUUAUAUACCACCACUGAACAAAUCUCAAUUAUAGUUUUAUAAUCUAGUGAAAAUUGUCUUAAGUGUUUCUCAACGCCAAGUGUUUGUUUAAUGAAGAAGAGCAUAGAGUGUCGGUGCAGAAAAAAAGAGCAACGAAACACGCUAAAUGGAUGGAGAUUGUGUUAAUUGAGCCACGGGGGACAAUUGAGAAUUUUUCCAUAUGCAACAUAUAAUUUGGAGAGACUCUAUCUGCGGGACAAAAUGAGUAAUUUGUGAAAAUCAUCCAUCAAUGUUGUGUGCCUGAAGUGGGGCUGAGGAGGAAGAUGUCCACAAUCGGUUGAGCUGAAUGGAUGUAGCGCAAUGGCGAUAUGUUGCUUCCUGAUCAAACGUACGAACAGGUUUCAAAUGGCCACGAGAUUGUGGCCUCAAUAGGACAUCUGAAAAAACUGUUCGAGUCACCUGAAGUGGCGAAGAAAAUAUUAUUAAUUGAUGCUAAGAGAGCGAUUGGAGAGCCAUUUGAUGGCGAUUGUCAGGGUAGAGAUGGACAUGGGGCACGACGGAGUGCCGGUGAGUCGAUUGAGAGCAAAUGUGUCAUUAGUAAGAGAUCAAUUGGACGAUCGGCGACAUCAUCGUCUGAUCGUGCGCAAGAUGACGACACCGAAGAGGAAGAUGAGGCGGAAGAAUGCACCAGCAGUGACGACGAUGGGGAAGAUGAGGAAGACUUUGAGAAAAGUGAAAACGAUGGAUGCAACACGAGGUCCAGUUCACCGGAAAGCUUCGAAAAGACGACCAAUUUCUUCAAUAACAUCCCAGAGUUUGCCGGCCAGCCACUUGGCCCCUUCACGCGACAUUCACCGGAUGAUGUAGCUGCGAAGCAACCUCAUCACGCUACUUCCGUCCACACCAACAUGGACAUCCUACGAGCGUGCGAGAUGUUCCUCUAUAAGCAUCGCAUUAGGCCCGACUUCUUCUGUCGCUACAAGAAAGCCAUGGAUGCUUCCCUUUCGGCACCUCCUUCAUGGCGCCUUUCCCGCUGCCGAAGUCCUCGCCAGGAAUUAGCCAAGAAGCCCCAAAGCAAUUCACCCCCGCAGCAACGUUCCUGCUCGCGGAUGCAUCGCUUCCAGAAAGCCACGGCGAUCUACACUCUACCCCUUCGUGGAAAAUCCCGGCGCAGUGUUCAAACAUCAACAGACGCAUCAUCGUCCAACGAGGCAGUACAUCUACAGCAGCGACUUAAGAGUCUCAGCACAGAACUCGUGACACUGCGCAAUCGACUCCAUGUUGGUCAGACUGCGGCCGCCCUGAACUCCACGACCACGGGAGCUGGAGGGUGUGUCGUGGGCGCCAACAGUGUCACCACAGGAACUACAACAACACCAAAUGCUCACAUGAAUGGCUCAAGCAAGAUUCACGGAAUGUCAUCCGGAUGCUUGCCACAGGGAAAUAGCGGCAGUGUACCAAUAGUUUCACCAAGGAAUACCUCAAUACCACAUCCACUGCCACACCAAAUGCCAGACAUUCCACAGAAUACCUCGCCCAGACGCGGAAUUAUAGAUGCGCCGUCGCUCAAGUUGAACGGAUGUGCCCUCGGGGGCGGCGUAACGGGGGCCACAGCUACCUGCGGCAGUGCAGGACUCUUGCCAGGACUCCAUAUGUCCACAAAUGCCAUCACACCUGCCAAGAAGGUGUCCCCCAUUGAAAUGGAGGACCUCAUUCACUUGCCUGGUCCUCUCACUGAGGAUGCUGUUAUGAAGACUCUACAAGCUAGAUUUAACGAAAGCAAAUAUUUUACGAAUGUUGGUCCAAUUUUGUUGUCGGUGAAUCCUUACCACGACGUUGGGAAUCCACUCACACUCUCCUCAACGAGAUCCCUCCCGCUGGCGCCACAAAUGAGUCGAGUUGUUCAGGAGGCGGUACGUCAGCAAGCUGAGACAGGAUACCCACAGGCUAUAAUUCUCUCUGGAACAUCGGGCUCAGGCAAGACGCACUGCUCGAUGCUUCUGCUUCGGCAGCUCUUUGCAGUAGCGGGUGGUGGACCGGAAACGGAUGCCUUCAAGCACCUCGCAGCUGCCUUUACGGUUCUCAGGUCUCUCGGAUCCGCCAAAACAGCCACAAACUCCGAAUCCAGUCGCAUUGGGCAAUUCAUUGAGGUACAAGUCACCGAUGGAGCGCUCUAUCGUACCAAGAUUCAUUGCUACUUCCUCGAUCAGACGCGAGUGAUUCGUCCAUUAGCCAAUGAGAAGAAUUACCACAUCUUCUACCAAAUGCUGGCGGGAUUAAGCCAUGACGAACGGGUUCGACUGAAUUUGGAUGGGUACACCCCUACAAAUUUAUGCUACCUACAAGCCGGGGAUACGAUGCAGGAUGAAAAGGAGGAUGCUUCGAGAUUUCAGGCAUGGAAAGCAUGCCUAGGUAUUCUCGGGAUCCCCUUUCUGGACGUGGUUCGUGUCUUGGCUGCAGUACUUUUGCUGGGAAACGUGCAAUUUGUCGACGGUCAGGGUUUAGAAGUCGACGUUAAAGGUGAGGCCGAAUUGAAUGCCAUAGCAGGACUGUUGGGUGUUCCAGCAGCCGCCCUCUUCCGUGGCUUGACCACAAGAACCCAUAAUGCCCGCGGGCAGCUCGUGAAGUCCGUUUGCGACGCCAACAUGUCCAACAUGACACGCGAUUCCCUCGCUAAAGCUCUUUACUGCCGCACAGUGGCCACCAUUGUCCGCCGGGCGAAUAGCUUGAAGCGCCUAGGCUCAACUCUUGGUACCCUCAGUAGUGAUUCCAAUGAAUCUGUCCACAAUCAAGCGGAUAUGGCGAGUCAACAUGCAUCCACGGUGGGUGGAAAUUCAGGAAGUAAAUCCAUGGCAGCACUCAACAAUGCUGUUCGACAUGCCACGGAUGGAUUUAUCGGGAUUCUGGAUAUGUUUGGUUUUGAGGAGCCACGUCCUGCGCAAUUGGAGCAUUUGUGCAUAAAUCUAUGCGCGGAAACCAUGCAGCACUUCUACAACACUCACAUCUUUAAGAGUAGCGUGGAAUCUUGCAGAGAUGAGGGAAUUGUCUGUGACACGGAAGUUGAUUAUGUGGACAAUGUGCCGUGCAUUGAUUUGAUCUCCUCCCUGAGGACGGGUUUGCUGAGUAUGUUGGAUGCGGACUGCGCAAUUAGGGGCACUGCUGAGAGCUACGUAGCCAAGAUUCGGGUGCAGCACAGGAAUUCCACGAGGCUGGAAACAAAAGUCUCCGAACCACAUGACCCACGAACUUUUGCCAUACGCCACUUUGCGGGGCGCGUUGAGUACGAUGCAUCGGACUUCCUGGAUACAAAUCGCGAUGUUGUACCAGAUGACCUUGUAGCUGUUUUCUAUAAGCACACUUGCAAUUUUGGUUUUGCAACGCAUCUCUUUGGAUCCGAACUGAAGGCUCUCUAUGCGGUGGAUAAUGUUCCACGAGGGCUAAGCUUCCGGAUUGCUCCCACAUCGCAUACGGAUCUCCUGAAUGGCGAUGAGCCUGUGUCUACCCUCACGCAGGAUUUCCAUACACGCCUAGAUAAUCUCCUCAGGACACUAGUUCAUGCUAGGCCGCAUUUUGUACGGUGCAUCCGAAGCAAUGCCACAGAGACACCGGGGAAAUUUGAUCGGGGGACAGCUGUGCGACAAAUUCGAGCACUACAGGUUUUGGAGACAGUGAACCUCAUGGCGAGUGGUUUUCCACACAGGAUGCGUUUUAAGCAAUUUACAGCUCGAUACAGGAUGUUGGCGCCAUUUAGGCUCCUGAGGCGAUGCGAAGAGAAAGCUCUCGAAGACUGCAAACUCAUUCUCCAGCACGCCCUGGAAAAUCCUCCGGAACUCGAUGGCUGUGUAACGCUCUCAUGGGCUCCUGGUAAACGGCAUGUCUUCCUCAGCGAGGGUAUCCGGCAGCACCUCGAGAAACUCCGAGCGGAUAUUCGAACAAGGAGUGCAACCCUUAUUCAAGCAUCCUGGCGAGGGUGGCAACUUAGACGACGGAUUGGCACAGUCAAGAGAAAUAGGGAGCCCAUCCUUGCCACAGCUAUUCUCUCAAAUACAGCCACCAACAAUGGUACGAGACCAACCACCACUAGUGCCACAAAUGCAGGAACCUCGAGACCAAGGCCUCAACCGAUUGCUGGGACUCCGCCCCCCGAUCCAAAUGAAAAAUGCGACACGAAGAUCAUUCAGCAAACUUGCACACUCUUUGGACUGGAUUUGGAGCGACCACCACCUGUACCACCAAGUCGUCCGUAUACAGUGACGGGAAAUUCAAAGCUAGGCUACCCCCAAACACGUGUUAUGAAGAUGAACUUCCCCGAGGAUUCCGCCACAAAUCCAUCCAGUGAACAGCUGAGAAAGGGGGAGGCCGUAACAGUUGUGGGUGCAUCGCACCGACGUGGCCAUCUGAUUGUUGAACACAAUGGACAUAGUUUUCACGUGCCUUUCCAGUUCAUGGAACUCCUGAAGAAUGCCCCACCGCCCGUGAGUAUCUAGAGCACAUGCGGUACCACCCUAUGGGCACCAGGUGGGCAAGAUUCACAUCAAUAAGACUGUACAUAAUAUACAUAAUAGUGUGCUAAGGGAUAUUUUAUAUCACAAAUGACGCAAAAAGAAAAGAACCUUGCAUGGUGAUUUUUUUCUUUUCUGUGUACAGGAGAGAAGAUUCUUUUUUUGUUGUUAGUUCUCAAAGGAAAAUAUGAAGAAAAUAAAUCUCAAUACUUCCUCAAAAUGCUCAAAAUACAUCUCAAAGGACUCAAAGUAUCUUUGAGUGCUUCAAUAGAAAUGAAAAAAAAACGAUCACAAAAGCUCAUCAUCAGUUUGGAGAAUAUUAUAAUAUAGAAAAGUUUUUUCUGAUGAAAAAAAAAUAUCGUUGAGAGGGAGAAAAAUAGUUCUGAGAAAAUACUCUUAAAAUCAUCAAUUUUGUUACCUGUUCAAUCUUUCCGUGUUCUUGUAAUCUUAUUCAAUUAACUGCCACACAGAAUUGCAAUAUUAUUUUCCUUGUAUAGCUUUUAGGUCUGUGUUUAUGUGCCAAGUUUUAAUUAGUUACCCCCCACCCUAGGUAGAAGUGGGAGGGAUACAACACAAGAAAUAUCUUACACGUGGACUUGCACGCAUAGUAUGGAUGGAAGCCAUACUGAUGAGUGCACACAAUGUUUUAAGUUGUAAUACUUUAAGUGAAAAUGUACAAAUUAAGACGAUAAGUUUUAGUAUACUUUAUAUAUUAUGCAGGAAACUUAAAUAGCAAAAUGGAGGAGCCCAAAAUUCGCAUAAAAAUGAGCAUUCAACAUACGGGGGAGGGCUUCAUACAUAUGGGUGGGAUAAAGCUGUGAGAGAGAUGGAGCUAUAUGGAAAGAAUGAUAAAUGUUGAUGAGUUGUGUGGGUAGAUUUUAAAUUAAAAUAACAGAGUUGUGGUGUGCAAAGUUUCCAGGAAUAGUUUAAAAUUAAUAUUAAUGGGUAAACAUCAUCAAAGAUUAAAUUUUGAUCAAUUGGGGUUGUGAAACAUGCUGGAUUUCUGUAAGGUCUUAUAUAAUUGUGGGGGUGUUGCUCAAUAAUAGCCACGGGUGGGUAUUUUCGUGUUAGUGUAGAGGUACCUGGUAAAUCCACCCACAAGUUUAUUUCAACAAUUUCAUUUUCCUAAAGACUCGAGUGACAUUAUCAGUAUUAUUCUAAGUUUUCCCUAAGAAUCUAAAACCACCUCCAAAAAAGCCUCGCUGGAAUGGAUGAAAAAUUCGUGUUUUUAUGCUUUAAAACAAAACAUUUGCACUUAAUGAAAAUCCUUAAUCUAGAAUGUAGGUACCUUUCAAUUCUGUAAAUUGUCUCCUGACCAGUAACCCCAACUGCCAAAAGAAAAGGAAAUUGUGCAGGCCCUAAGCGAGGCUGUGAUAAAAUCAAGGUGAAAAGAUUCAUGAAUAAAUUAUGAGAUGGCACCUGAACGAGUGACAUAAUAAAAAUCUUAUAAAGAUCGCCCACUUUUGAGAGAGCACCUCAUUGUUUGCCCAGAAGGCGUCGAAAAUAGAGAAAAAAAAGUUCAAGGAAGACUACUCUGCGUUGAUACCACUGCU